UUGCAAAUGAACUUCAUUGGAAAAAGGUAACUUCCAAAUUAAUAGAAAAGUAAUUAUCUGAAAUUAGAAAAUUGUAAUUAUGUCUUAAUAGUCGCCUAUUAGUUUAUAAUUGACCUAAUGUCGUGACAUAAAUUAACACACGCUAUUAUGGGAGGCUUCUUAUGUAGAUAAAACACUUUCCCUUGUUAAGAAAUUAGUCUUACAUAAGUUGCUGUAGCAUUAAAACCCAUCUAAUCGCAGCGGACGAAAAAUGAGGACUACAUUAAAGCUGUUAUUUAUUUUAAUAAUUGGCUCUGCCGAGUGCAGUAAAAUUAUUCGCGAUCUUAUUCAAUGGAAUGUUGCGGGACUUCCUGUGUUACACAAAACUGUAUCAAUUCCAUUCGAUCCAGAUGUAGCCAUUAGAAGAUCGCGUCUUUAUCAGGAAGUUAAUGGUUAUCAUGGUGAAAAAGCGCUUGAACGGUUAGGACUUGGAAUUGACGGAAAUGAUUUACAAAGAUUGGAACAGCAACAGACAAGAGAUAAAGAUAUAUUAGGCAGAAGUUACGAUGAAUACAAUAAGUGAUAUAUAUGUAGUAUAAUAAUAAA